AUUUGAGCAGGGGCGGCACGCGGCAGUAAAUGAUGUCAACCCCGUGUAACUAUGAUAUAAGAGAAGAGCUGCUGCCUCCCUUGUUUCUCUAUUGUGAGAGCGAAACAGAGGCAGAUAAAGAGAGGACAGCACCGGAGCUGGGGGGUAAGCACCGAUAGUGGACCAACUGGCGGGAAAGAAGCGACCCAGACAUGGGCAAGAAAGACGAGAUAGCUGUGGCCAAAGUCAAUAUUGAGCAAAACGGAGACAUUGGAGAGGAAAAAGGGGGAGAAAGAGCCAAAGAUGGCGAUUGGCGCCAUAGCUCUGUUCAGGUUUGCUGAUGGUUGGGACAGGUUGAUGAUUGUGCCGGGGACCAUUAUGGCUAUGGUUAAUGGAACGGUCCUCCCUCUCAUGUGUAUCGUCUUUGGGGACAUGACUGACAGCUUCAUAGGAGACUCCAUACAGACACAGAAUAACUUCACCAACAUCACGUUCCCUGUAUCCAACACCACUCUGGGAGAAGAGAUGACAGGGCGAGGCUAAGACUCAAUGAUAUUUCAGUUUACCAAGAAGGGAGUAGUUCCUGAUCUUUGACCGGAUCUAUUUCAGAGGCUCCGUAUCCAUCCUCUAAAGCUCUGUCAGAUUGGAUGGGGAGCAUUGCUGCACAGCUCUUUUCAGGUCUCUCCAGAGACGUUUGAUCGGGUUCAAGUCCGGGCUCUGGCUGGGACACUCAAGGACAUUCAGAGACUUGUCCCGAAGCCACUCCUGCGUUGUCUAGGCUUUGUGCUUAAAGUCAUUGUCCUGUUGGAAGGGGAAUCUUCACCCCAGUCUGAGGUCCUGAGCACUCUGGAGCAGGUUUUCAUCAAGGAUCUCUCUGUAAUUUGCUCCGUCAUCUUUGCCUCAAUCCUGAUUAGUCUCCCAGUCCCUGCUGCUGAUAAACAUCCCCAUAGCAUGAUGCUGCCACCACCAUGCUUUACCGUAGGGAUGGUGCCAGGUUUCGUCCAGACGUGAAGCUUGGCAUUCAGGCCAAAUAGUUCAAUCUUGGUUACAUCAAAUCACAUUUAAUUUGUCACAUACGUUGAAUAUGUACAUGUAGGUAGAGUUAUUAAAGUGACUAUGCAUAGAUAAUAACAGAGAGUAGCUGCAGCGUAGAGUGAGGGGAGGGGGUAAUGCAAAUGGUCUGGGUAGCCAUCUGAUUAGCUGUUCAGGAGUCUUAUGGCUUGGUGGUAGCAGCUGUUUCGAAGCCUCUUGGACCUAGACUUGGCGCUCCAGUACCGCUUGCCGUGCAGUAGCAGAGAGAACAGUCUAUGACUAGGGUGGCUGGAGUCUUUGACCAUUUUUAGGGCCUUCCUCUGACACCGCCUGGUGUAGACCGGGACUUACGAAAGCUAUCUUUUUCAAACAGAAAUUUGCAUCCUGUAGCACUAAUUCCAAAACGUUUUGGGACACUGUAAAGUCCUUGGAGAAUAAGAGCACCACUGAGGCUAGAAAACACUGUCACCACCGAUAAAUCUACAAUAAUCGAUCAUUUCAAUAAGCAUUUUUCCAUGGCUGGCUAUGCUUUCCAACCGGCUACCCCUACCCUGGCCAACAGCUCGGCACUCCCUGCAGAAACUUGCCCAAUCCCCCCCCUUGCUUUUCCUUCACCCAAAUCCAGAGAACUGAUGUUCUGAAAGAGCUGCAAAAUCUGGAUCCCUACAAAUUAGCUGGGCUAGACAAUCUGGACCCUCUCUUUCUAAAAUUAUCUGCAGAAAUUGUUGCAACCACUAUUACUAGCCUGUUCACCCUCUCUUUUGUAUCGUCUGAGAUCCCCAAAGAUUGGAAAGCUGCCACUGUCAUCCCCCUCUUCAAAGGGGGGAGACACUCUAGACCCAAACUGUUAUAAACCUAUAUCUAUCCUGCACUGCCUUUCUAAAAUCUACGAAAGCCAAGUUAACAAACAGAUCACCGACCAUUUUGAAUCCCACCGUACUAUUUCCACUAUGCAAUCUGGUUUCCAAGCUGGUCAUGGGUGCACCUCAGCCACGCCCAAGGUCCUAAACGAUAUCAUAACUGCCAUCGAUAAAAGACAGCCGUCUUUCGACCUGGCCAAGACUUUCGACUCUGUCAAUCAUCGCAUUCUUUAUCGGCAGACUUGCUUCUCAGAUAGAGUUCAGUGUGUCAAAUCGGAGGGCCUGUUGUCCGGACCUCUGGCAGUCUCUAUGGUGGUGACACAGGGUUCAAUUCUCGGGCCGACUCUUUUCUCUGUAUAUAUCAAUGAUGUCGCUCUUGCUGCUGGUGAUUUUCUGAUCCACCUCUAUGCAGACUAUACCAUUCUGUAUACAUCUGGCACUUCUUUGGAAACUGUGUUAACAAACCUCCGAACGAGCUUAAAUGCCAUAAAACACCCCUUCCGAGGCCUCCAACUGCUUUUAAAUGCUAGUAAAACUAAAUGCAUGCUCUUCAACCGAUUGCUGCCCGCACCCACCCGCCCGACUAACAUCACUGCUCUGGACGGUUCUGACUUAGAAUAUGUGGACAACUACAAAUACCUAGGUGUCUGGUUAGACUGUAAACUCCCCUUCCAGACUCAUAUUAAGCAUCUCCAAUCCAAAAUUAAAUCUAGAAUCUGCUUCAUAUUUCACAAAAAAAAAACUCCUUCACUCAUGUUGCCAAACAUACCCGAGUAAAACUGACUAUCCCACCGAUUCUUGACUUCGGCGAUGUCAUUUACAAAAUAGCUUCCAACACUCUACUCAGCAAACUGGAUGUAGUCUAUCACAGAGCCAUCAGUUUUGUCACCAAAGCCCCAAAUACUACCCACCACUGCAACCUGUAUGCUGUCGUUGGCUGGCCCUCGCUACAUAUUCGUCGCCAAACCCACUGGCUCCAGGUCAUCUAUAAGUCUAUGCUAGGUAAAGCCCUGCCUUAUCUCAGCUCACUGGUCACCAUAGCAACACCCACCCGUAGCAGGUAUAUUUCACUGGUCACCUCCAAAGCCAACACUUCCUUUGGCCACCUUUCCUUCCAGUUCUCUGCUGCCAAUGACUGGAACGAAUUGCAAAAAUCACUGAAGCUGGAGACUUAUAUCUCCCUCUCUAACUUUAAGCAUUAGCUGUCAGAGCAGCUUACCGAUCGAUCACUGUACCUGUACAUAGCCAAUCUGUAAAUAGCACACCCAAGUACCUCAUCCCCAUAUUGUUAUUUAUCUUCUUGCUCUUUUGCACCCCAGUAUCUCUACUUGCACAUCAUCAUCUGCACAUUUAUCACUCGUGUUAAUGCUAAAUUGUAAUUAUUUCGCCUCUAUGGCCUAUUUAUUCCCUUACCUCCCUAAUCUUCUACAUUUGCACACACUGUACAUAUAUUUUUCUAUUGUGUUAUUGACUGUAUGUUUGUUUAUGCGUAACUCUGUGUUGUUUUGAUUGCACUGCUUUGCUUUAUAUUGGCCAGGUCGCAGUUGUAAAUGAGAACUUGUUCUCAACUGGCCUACCUGGUUAAAUAAAGGUGAAGUAAAAUAGGUCCUGGAUGGCAGGAAGCUUGGCCCCGGUGAUGUACUGGGCCGUACGCACUACCCUCUACAGGGCCUUGCGGUCGGAGGCCGAGCAGUUGCCAUGCAAGGCCGUGAUGCAGACCAGAGAAUCUUGUUUCUCAUGGUCUGAGAGUCUUUAGGUGCCUUUUGGCAAACUGCAAGUGGGCUGUCAUGUGCCUUUUACUGAGGAGUGGCUUCCGUCUGGCCACACUACCAUAAAGGCUUGAUUGGUGGAGUGCUGCAGAGAUGGCUGUCCUUCUGGAAGGUUCUUCCAUCUCCACAGAGGAAUUCUAGAGCUCUGUCAGAGUGACCACCUCCCUGACCAAGGCCUUUCUCCCCCAAUUGCUCAGUUUGGCCAGGUGGCCCGCUCGAGGAAGAGUCUUGGUGGGUCCAAACUUCUUCCAUUUAAGAAUGAUCUCUUGGCCACCAUCUUCUUGAGGACCUUCAAUGCUGCAGAAAUGUUUUGGUACCCUUCCCCAGAUCUAUGCCUCAACAAAAUCCUGUCUCGGAGCUCUACGGACAAUUCCUUCGACCUCAUGGCUUGGUUUUUCCUCUGACAUGCACUGUCAACUGUGGGACCUUAUAUAGACAGGUGUGUGCCUUUCCAAAUCAUGUCCAGUCAAUUGAAUUUACCACAAGUGGACUCCAAUCAAGUUGUAGAAACAUCUCAAGGAUGAUCAAUGGAAACAGGAUGCACCUGAGUUUAAUUUUGAGUCUCAUAGCAAAGGAUCUGAAUACUUAUGUAAAUAAGGUAUUUCUUUUUUUGUUUUGUUUUUUUAUACAUUUGCAAUAAUAAAAAAUAAAAAACGUUUUAGCUUAGUCA